GCUGGACAUGCCGAGCAUGGGAUUCGGCGAUCCUGAAGAAGUGGACAUCAUGAAGUUGAUGCGGAACCACGGUCAUGUGUGGUCGCUGAAUGUUUCGCAAACAGCAUAUCGGUACCAUUGGGAGACUGGGCCAUGCUGGCCAUUGACCUGCAGCUCACUAGUUUGGGUCUGGGUGAAAACAAACAGCUGUCUGGUGACAUCCAGGCCGUGGGGACCCUCGUCGAUUUGAUCGAGCUGCGCCUCGGAGCCACAAAGAUUGGGGGCGACAUCAUGGCUGCGCAGUCCCUGAUGAACUUGACCACGCUGUGGCUGCAGAAUAUCCAGGUCUCGGGCGACGCCCAGGCCGUGGAGACUCUCGUCAAUUUGACUUACCUGCGGCUCGACAACACCAAGGUCACGGGCGACAUCCAGGCAGUCCGGAACGUCGAGAAUUUGACCAUUUUUCGCUUCAGCAACAUCCAGGCUCCAGGCGACGCCCAGGCCAUGGAGGCCUUCAUCAAGUUGACCGUCCUGGGGCUCCAUAACACCAAGAUCAUGGGUGACAUCUGGGGCGUGCGGAAUCUCGUAAAUUUGACCGCGCUGGAUUUGGAGGGCACCCAGGUAUCUGGCGACAUUCAAGCCGUGCAGAAUCACGCAAAUUUGACCGUACUGAGCUUUGGGGACACUCAGGUUCUGGGCGACAUUCAGGCCGUGCAAAUCCUCGCGGAUCUGACCAAGCUGGGCCUCUUCAGCACCGCGGUCACCGGCGACAUCCAGGAGCAGCUGCAGGCGCGCCUGACGGAGAUGGAGUGGGUUGACUUCGACUUCGAGAUGCGCCUGUACUUCGUCCCGCCGGCAGACUGGACGACGGCGCAGGGACGUUUGGAGCCCGAGAAGAUCGAGUGCAACGCCUGGGAGGGCUACACCGAGGACGGCAGGCCGCAGAAGUUCCUAAAGUAUCCGGAGGAGCGCUGCCUGAAGGCCUGGCAGGGCGACAAGGAGGCGCUCAGGGCAGCCACGGACCAGUGCAUCGAGACGUCCCAGGACUUGCUCGUAUGGCUGCUGGUGAAUUGCUCGGAGCCGGUGCCUUUCAUCCGCCUCGACUUCAUGUUGCGGCGCCUCGGGCCCGGCAAGGCAGGGCUGGCGCUUCUCGCCUCGCUCUUCGCGCGCGAGGUUAUGUUUGUGUGCGGCCCCGCCCUUCCAGGGACGAUCUGCAUCGUCCUCGGGGUCAUGCUGCUCUUCGACCGAACCCUGCUGGCGCUGGGGAACAUCGCUUUCCUGCUCGGCCUGGGCAUGCUCCUGGGCCCAACCAAGGCGGUAAAGUUCUUCCUUCGCAAGGAGAAGUGGAAGGGCACCACCGCGUACUUCUCUGGCAUCGGGGUCAUCGUGUUCGGCUGGCCGUUCUGUGGCUUCCUCCUGGAGAUGUACGGUGUCUGGAAGCUCUUCGCGGCCUUCCUGCCCAACGUGCUGACCUCCCUGAAGAUGACCGUGCCUGGGGCCUCCAUGGUCUUGAACACGUGGCCCCUGUCCGCCAUCUGCAACCGUAUCAACGACCAGCGGCGCCUCCCCAACUGA